UGGCGGGCCGCUGAUGGUGGGGGUAGAAACUGCAGAGGGAACCGUGGAUAGAGCAGUGGGAGGUGGUCUUGAGGUCGUGCUGGAUGAAGAUGAAUGGAUAGGAGACUGUUGGGAGGUCGGUGGAGGUCAUAUAAAAGAGCGCGAUCAAAAGAGCUGCCUGGAUGGCCGUGGUUGGCUCCUCGAAGAAGCGACGAAGACCAAAAAUCCCCAGGCAAUGAUGACAUUGCGGAGGACAGCGGUAUUACCGUAUUAUUCAGCCACGCUGCCAAGAUCCCGUACAAAACAGUCGCAGGGCGGGUAUCCGUAUUGUCAUGUAUGAUCGCCAUGUUCGCCACACCCUCCAUCUCGCUGUCUUAUCUUUCUUUUUUUUUUUUUUUUUUUUGGUCCACCUGCAAUCAUCGUCUGAUUCGCAAAACAACGUUCAGACGAUCUUCAAACGGUGCAGUGUUAGACCCGUUUGGCCCUGGUCUCGCCUUGAUGGUCUUUCGCCCAACCCACACGGGGCAAUUCGUCUGUCUGCCGUGGUCCACUUCACUCCGAGCCUCCGAGGCCUCGACAACUGCCACCUCAGACCUGUUAGCACUGUUCUCUACUCUGCAGAACAAACCUGUGCACGAAUAAGAAGAGUGGAAUUUGAACAAGUGGCCUUAAAUGAAGUUGGCUAGAACCUGGUGCAAAGUCGCAGCCCAACAGGAUUGAAGCAUGUCGGGAUAGGCUUCCGAAACCGUUCUCCUGCAGGUUCGGGUCGAGCUGAAAGAAAGCUCUCGAGGGUCUGUGUUUCAAAUAUACGAUUCUUUCAUUGGCUCCAUGCAAAGUAGGCGACAUAUCAAGAUCUAUUAUUAUUAUCAUAGAACGCCAACCGACGCCCAUGCGUUUUUUACUACAUCGUACGCUGUCUUUCCAAACUGGGUUUGAGCAAUCUCCGCACUCACUUUUGCAAAUUCCCGAAAGGUCGAUUUCGGUUUAAG